AAAGAAAAGAGAGGAGCAGAAGACUUGGCUAUAAAAGGUUGUCAAGGUCAAUACAAAGAAUCAUUGGGAGCAAAUAAGAGUAGAGAACUAGAUAGAGCAGUCGAAAAAAGAAUAAGUGAUCACAGCAAGAAAGUGUGUAAACCCGUUGCUUGAUGGCGAAACUGAUCGAAGAAGAGCCACCGGUUAAAAGAAGAAGGAUGACGUUAAAUAUUCUGAUGCUUCCUGAUGAUUUGCUAUUGAAUUGUUUAGCUCGUAUCUCUAGAUUACACUACCCAACUAUAUCCUUAGUCUCCAAGAAAUUCCGCUCUAUCCUUACCUCUUCCGAGCUUUACCAAACACGAACCCUCUUAGGCCGCACCGAGAGUUGUCUCUACGUGUGCUUAUCGGUCCAUAAUGAUUCUAAGCCGCUACGUUGGUUUACUCUCUGCCGGAUACCAAAUAGCCCGAGGAAAGUUUUGGUCCCAGUUUCAUCUCCCCAUCAAUCUUUCCCCGAGUUCUGGCCGGCUGUUGCACUCGUCGGUACCAAUGUAUAUGUCAUUGGUGGUUUAAUAAAUAAGAUAGCGUCUUCUAGCGUCAUGGUCAUGGACUGUCGUUCUCACACAUGGAGUGAGGCCCCAAGCAUGCUUGUACCACGUCAAAGCCCAUUUGUUUGCGUUCUUGAUGGAAAAAUAUAUGUAGUAGGAAGCCAGUACGACCAAACCAGCUGGAUGGAGGUAUUGGAUACAAAGACUGGUAACUGGGAGUUUGUGCCGGGUCCUAGCGAAGAAAUAUGCAAAAAAGGUACUAAGUACCAAUGCAUAGGGUAUGGUGGAAAAGUUUACGUGAAGGCUGAGAGAGGUGAUACAUAUGAGCUGAAUAGAGGUAGAUGGAGAAGAGGACCCUCGUUCAUCGAUAGGGUUGGUUUCGAUUCAUCUUUUUGUGUGAUAGACAACGUGCUGUAUCGUUGGUAUAGCUGUUUGAUCGAUUGGUAUGACUCUGAGGAAAAUUUGUGGGGAACGGUGAAGGGUUUGAAGGGAUUGGUUCCCUUGAAUUCAGGUUACAUCCAUGCUAAAGUUGCUAAUCAUGGUGGGAAAAUGGUGAUUUUAUGGGAGGAGAAAGUGUGUGUUAACAAGCUUCAUCAAGAGACAAAGAUUUGGUGUGCGGAAAUUACUAUUGAAAGACGCCAGAAAGAGAUGUGGGGGACCCCUGACCAGUUUGAAGUUGUCUUGUCUACAACCAAUGAACGAUUUGAUCAAUUAUCACAUGUUUUUUCUGCUACUCUUUGAUGAAUACCACUAGGGAAAAACU